UUCAACACUCUCUGAAUAAAAGCCAGGCUUCUUUCAACAGGGUGUACACACCUUCAGUGAAGACCAGAGUGGAUACUGCAAGGAAUUAAAGAGAAAUAUCGCUCCUUCACAAAAGGCGAUUAGCCUUCUGCAUUUGGUCAGCCAGAAAGCCACUGAUAACUGAAAAAAGACCAGCAGGAAUUAAGGCCCCAGACACCUCUUCCCAUUCAAAAAGAACAGCAGAAGACUGGCAGACAAAGACAACACUGAGUCAUGUCUGAUAGUGAGACCAUUGAGCUAGCCGCUCUGGGUCGGCCCUUCCAACUGGGGAUGCUGUAUGACUGCCGCAGGGAUUGUCUCAUCCCAGGUAUAACACUCUGGGAUGCGGAGUUACUGAAGAAACACAUCAAUGUUUCAAAAAGACCCAACACUGACUUCAAAAUCAUUGCUUCUGACUCAAGUGAAGCCAAAUCAGAAGCUUUAAAUGUGUCUGCGUCUCUUGAGGCCAGUUUUCUUGGUGGCUUAGUUAGUGUGAAGGGUUCUGCUAGUUUCUUAAACAACAAAAAAAAAUCCCAACGUCAGUCUAGGGUUUCUCUGCAGUACCGUACCACCACUCACUUCGAGCAGUUGACCAUGGACCACCUGGGCCCAGGAAAUGUGAAACACAGUAAUGUCAUCACAGAGGGUUCUGCAACCCAUGUGGUGACCGCCAUUCUCUAUGGAGCACAGGCCUUCUUUGUUUUCGACCGUGAGAUUUCUUCAUCAGAAUCCCAUCAAGACAUACAGGGAAACCUGCAGGCUGUAAUCAAAAAGAUCCCCUGUAUAUCAGUAGAGGGGCAGGCAUCACUGAAGAUGAGUGAGGAGGAGAAGAGCGAGGCCAACAGAUUUAACUGCACUUUCCAUGGUGAUUUUGCACUAAAAAAUUAUCCUGUCACAUUUGAAGAUGCCAUUAAGGUGUAUGCUGACCUGCCAAGUAUGCUAGGGGAGAACGGAGAUCAUGCUGUGCCCAUGAACGUCUGGCUCUAUCCUCUCAGAAACCUUGACUCAGCAGCUGCCCAGCUAGUAAAGCAGAUAAAUGUUAGCUUGGUGCGUCGCACACAGCGAAUCUUGGACGGAUUGGACAACACUGAUAUAAUAUGCCAAGACAUGAUGAAGGAAGACAUGGCUAUCAAGUUCCCUGAAAUAAAAGCAAAGCUCACUAAGUUCAGGGACUUGUGCUUAGAGUACAAGCUGGUGUUCCAGAAAGGUCUUGGCAACAUUCUUCCCAAGAUAAGAGGAGGAGGAAUGGAAGAAGAGCUGAAAGAAAUGCUCAUCAGGCAGGAACGAUCUCCAUUUCAGAAUGAUCUCAUGUCUGCUUACUUGGACGACAGAGUAAAAGAGAUGAACGUUGUCAGUUCUUAUCUUGACUUAAUGAAGGACGUACAGGUUGUGUACUCAAGCAGUGAACUGGAUGGAAUUGUGCUUGAUCAAGCUAAUAAUUAUGUGGUGUGUUUUGCAUUCUCCUCUUUGAACGAUAAAGACGAUUUUGAGUUAGACUUGGAGAAUUACUUGCAGGAAGAUUAUAAGAGUGAAUCUUCACCGAUACCUUAUGAUCUCAAUGCAGCUAAGAAAUCAGCAGCAGAAAAGUGGUUUUGCUCUGGGAAGGUUACUGCCCAAAGCAGGCAAACCAUACAACUCUUUCAAGACUUCAAAGAGUCAAACAAAGAGAGAGAAAAUCUUGCAUUUUGUAUUGCAUCAAUUCCCAACAAAUGUAUCACUGCGUGUUCCAUUCACAUCUACGAAAGAGGGACACUUCUAAGUUCACAGUAUGAGCUGCCAUCAAAGCCGGGGGUUCCCAUUAUUAAGAGUCUGGAGCAUGACUGUGUCCACUUGCAAAUCAUCUCCUCCCAACUUGGUGUGAACUCAGUGGCGUCAUACCAGGUGUUGUACCAGGCUAAGGGAACUGACACUGAGUGGACAGAGAUCAACGAGGAUGCUAUAACUAACCAAGUCACCAUCAGGCGUUUGCAGCCUUACAAGGAGUACCGCUUUACCUGCAGGGCAGUGUGUAAACCUGGUGUGAGCCUCUGCAGUGACUGGACUGAAUACUACAGAACCAGCCCAUGUAGCCCCCCUGGACCACCCACGGAGAAGUGUAUAGAUUCACAAAGUAUCAGGGUGAACUGGGACAUUCCUACAAAGAUAGGAGAUGAUGUUGAAAUUACUGGUUAUGUGGUUGAAUUCAGACAAAACACAGUGUCUGCAGACAAUACAUUGUGGCACACCACCAAAACCACCACUAGAGACUGCACCCUGGAAGGACUACAGGCUAACACUUCAUACAGCAUCAGAGUCUCCGCUACUUGUGGUGAAGCAGGGAAGAGUCUACCCAGCCCUGAGACCAUGCUGACUACCAUCGGGGUGUCUGACGUAAUAAAGAGGAACCAAUCAACUGGAGCAAAUAGUGAGAAAUUCAUCAAACAAUCCACGAGGGUGGAGAAAGACAACCUCUCAAUCUACAGGCUGAAUCUGGAACAGAAGUUUGUUAUAAAGGAAAAUUUUGAACAUUACACAUUUGGCAGGAAAGUUGAGCAGGGGAAUAACAAGGUCAUAUUGCUUUUGGGGGCCACAGGGGCAGGAAAAACCACUCUGGUCAAUGUCAUGAUAAACGCCAUUCUUGGAGUGAAGUGGGAAGAAGGUCAUCGCUUUAAGCUCAUCCAUGAGGUAACCAACCGGUCACAGGCAGAAAGCCAGACUAUGGUUGUGACAUCAUAUGAUCUUUACAACCAGCCAGGCUUUCAGGUUCCUUAUUCACUGACCAUUGUUGACACACCAGGGUUUGGAGACCCAAGAGGAAUGGCAUAUGAUGAACAGCUUACCCAGAUGCUAAAGGAUUUCUUGUGUAACCCUUUAGGGAUCGAUCAUAUUGAUGCAGUCUGCUUUGUAGUUCAGGCAGCCCUUGUACGUCUCAGUCCUUCCCAGAGAUACAUCUUUGAUUCCAUCCUGUCCAUUUUUGGAAAAGAUGUUGCUGAAAACAUAUUGAUGCUUGUGACAUUUGCUGAUGGAAAGGACAUUCCUGUUCUAGAGGCCAUCAAAGCUGCAGCUCUGCCCUGUAAGAAGAACAAGAAGGGUUUUCCAAUCCAUUUCAAAUUCAGCAACGCUAUUGUUUUUGAAAAGAAGAAGACAGAGAGCAGUUCUGAAGAUGAUGAUGAAGAUAAUGAUGGUGAUGACAAGAUAGAUUGUCCACAGCAAUGGAGGUCAACUUUCAAGGAGGUUAAGAAAUUUUUUAAAGCAUUGGAAAGCAUUGAAAGCAAAGACCUCACCCUGACGAAGAAAGUGCUGGAAGAACGUGAGCUUCUGAAAAAGACCAUGACACGGCUUACCCCACAGAUCACUGCUGGUCUGUCAAAGCUAAGUGAAAUGAAACGCUUCAAAGCCUGUCUUAAGAAUGAGCAAGAAAACAUGAAACAGAACGAAUCCUUUGAAACAGAGAUAGAAGUACUGAUGGUAAAAAGAAGCAAAUUAUCUGAAGGCUUUGCUACAAACUGCAAAGUAUGCAAUUUCACAUGCCACACCUCUUGUUUUCUCCCAAACAAUGAUGACAUCAGAAGUUGUGCCGUGAUGAAUCAAGAUGGCAACUGUAUCGUAUGUCCGGGAAAAUGCUCUUCCAGUGAUCAUGACAGGGAAAAAGCCGUGUUGACAUACGAAACAAAGACAGAGAAAAAGACUAUUCAAGAACUAAAGGACAACUUCAUGAAGGCAUACGGCAAGUUUAUGUCAACCAUGGACAUCCUGGAAAAGCUGGAUGUUGAGUUCCAUUUGAUCAAGGACACACUGAUGAAUUUGAUCAAGCAGUCUUCUGACUGUCUAAAAAGGCUAAAUGAGAUUGCACUAAAUCCAAAUUCUCUUUCCACUAUGGAGUACAUUGAAAUAUUAAUUCGCACAGAGGAGGACCAACGUACACCAGGUUUUGAGGAUCGGAUUGUAGAGUUGAAAAAAAUGAAGGAAGAGUCUGAGAUUCUGGACAAGAUUGCAAGAGGAGAAGAUAUACUUCCAAAGGAGAAAGAAUUCAUGAAGGAGAAAGAGGAUAGACGACAGGCAAUUCCCAAAAAAUCCAGUUCUGCUAAUGUUGCCUAGGAACCAAAUUGGGAUGCUACUGGAACGUUAAGAUACCUACUGUUAAAGGUCCAUUCAGUGUUUUCCAUGUAAAUCUGAGUUUUUAGUAUAGGCGUUUAAGCCUCACGUUUAAGAAAAAAUAAUUACUGUCAUAGUUUUCAGGUGUCGUCACAAUAAUGUUCUGAACGUUCCUAUUGAGGCUGUGAUGAGCAACUGAAAAUUGUUUCUUUAAAGGAAGCUGAUCAAAAUUUGGUAUAAAGGGAAUUUUUAAGGCUUGAAAACACUAUACUAAGACAAGUAGCCAAACCUUUUAUCAUAAUUUUGAUAUCUUCAAAUUUCAUGUUAGAUGUUAGAUAUUAAUUAGAGAGUUAAUAUUCUGGGGAAAACACCGAAUUUGUGCUAUAGCUAACAUUAGCAUCGCUUGUUAUUUUUGACAGAAUUUGCUUGCUAAUGACAUAAUUGCCAUCUGUCAAAGUACAUUUGAUAAUAUGUUGAUAAUGAUGGCAUCGUUGUUUUCUACUAAAUAUAAUCUCCCAAGUCGAUUUAGAUUCACAAAGUCUCAAUUCAAUUCAGAUUUAAUUUGAUUUAAUGUAACAGCUUUUUACUGAUGAUAAGGGUUAUUAUUGUAUAUAUCUUAAAUGAAAAAUGCUGCAUAGGACACCUUUAACGGUAUUUAGCCUGUUUGAAGUCAUUAACCCUGUUCAAUGUCUGGUCAUAAAUAUGGCUACUGUGUCUAUAAAAUGUUAGAGACCAUGGCAACAAAGCACACAGAUGUGAAACCUAUGAAUACCUUAAAUUAAACAGAUAGGUUAUUGAUCAGAAAAGAGUACAUACCAAUCAAUGCUUGCAUAUAAAAUGGUGAAGGACAAGAUUUUAAACUUUCUGUAGUAACAUUUUGUGUUGACGGAGGGAUGCAUGUCAGACAGUGACAGAUACACUGUCCCCAACACAACUGCAUUGUGGGGAUGAAUGUUUUUGAUCCUAAUUCAACUAUAGAAAACUUUUAAUAACCACGCAAUUUUAAGUACUCCAGUUUAGUUGAUUGAAAAUAUAACAUUGGAUGUCAGGCAUUCAUUACCACCAUUUUCAUUAUGUCAUUUUUAGGAUUUUAGAAAAAAUGUAAUACAACUAUUAUUUAACAGAU